AUGGGUGGGACAUGGACAAAGCUUUCACAAUAUUUCAAAAAAGAAAAAGUUCGCCUUCUUCUGUGUGGUCUCGAUGCAGCAGGUAGGAGAAGUUGUAUUGACCAAACAAAAAUAGGAGCGGUUGUAACAAAUAUACCAACAAUUGGAUUGAAUGUUGAGGCUGUAACAUUCAAGAAUAUUAAUAUAACAGCAUGGGAUGUUGGUGGAAGAAGCAGCAUGCGGGUAUUAUGGAGACAUUAUUAUCAAAAUACAAAUGCUCUUGUAUUUGUUGUCGACAGUCAUGAUCGUGACCGUUUGGAAGAAGCGAAAGGUGAACUACAUAAAAUGACUUCCGACGAAGAUUUAAAAGAUAUUCCAUUGCUGAUACUGGCCAACAAACAAGAUUUACCGAAUGCAGUGAACAAAACGGAGUUAAUCGAAAAACUUGGACUGGAAAAAUUCAAUGGAAUACGAAAAUGGCAUGUGCAGGAAACAAUCGCUAUAACAGGUCAAGGAUUAGAUGAAGGUUUCGAUUGGUUAGCAAGUGCAUGCACAUCAAUAUUAUCAACUGAUAAUAUCACGAAACCAAUCACUGAAACAGUGAAUGAUACACAAAUGAUAAAAAGUGAUCUAAUCAAUUCGUUUUGGAUGACAAUUAAACCGUUUCACAGAGUUUUGAAUAAAGUUAUUUGA